AUGUCCUUCCUAGGCUCCUUGGGGGACAUCUCCAAAACCUUCCUCGACCUCACCGACCCCGAUGAGAUCAACAGCUACUUUGCCUUCAACGUCACCUCGGCGCUUUGCCUCACCUCCGGCGCCCUGCGAGCCUUUGGGAAGCGGCCCGGCUCGAGCAGGACGGUGGUGAACAUCUCCUCGCUCUGCGCCGUGAAGCCCUUCAAGAACUGGACGCUGUACUGCAGCGGGAAGGCGUCCCGGGACAUGAUGUUCCAGGUCCUGGCGCUCGAGGAACCUGAUGUCCGCGUGCUCAACUACGCCCCGGGUCCUCUGGACACGGACAUGCAGCUCUUGGCCCGCACGAGGACCGGAGACCCCGAGAUGCGUCAAUAUUUCCAAAGCCUUCAGGAGAGCGGGCAGCUGAUUGACUGCUCCACGUCGGCCCAGAAGCUGCUGAAUCUCCUGGAGGAGGACACCUUCCCCUCCGGAGCCCACGUGGAUUUCUACGACAUCUGA